AUGUUUUGUCAAAUAUUUUUCUUAUCAUUAUUUUCUAUUUGCAAUUCUAUUCUUAUUGCUAAAGUACAAAAUCAUAUAAUAGUUGGUGAUAUGUAUAAUAAUUUAUUCAAUGUGACACAAGAUCAAUGUAUAUGUGAAAUGAUAAAAGUAAAUGAUACAAUAUCUGCUUUAAAUUAUUUUUCCACAAAUCAAACUUGUCAAUUAUUUCGUUCAAAUAUUAGUACAAUUUAUAUUGAAUUUUAUUCAAAUUCCACUUUUGUAUUUAUUAAUCAAUCGUCAAUAUCAAUAUUAAAUAUUCAAGAAUAUCAAUCGAGUACGUCAACAUCAACACCGACAACAAUAUCAUCAACGACAACAUCAACAAGUGCCCACAGUUUAUUUCUUAAUCAAACUACUUACCCAGCUGGCGUAAUGUCGUGGUCAGUAGCAGUCAUCGAUGUAAAUAAUGACAAUAAACUUGACAUUAUUGUUGCAAAUUAUAAUUCGAACAAUGUCGGUAUUCUUCUCAACGCAGGCAAUGGCACCUUUAGUGCUCAAACUACUUACUCAGUUGGCACUAACCCAUCAUCAGUAGCGGUGGCUGACGUGAAUAGUGACAAUAAACCUGAUAUUAUUGUUACGAAUUCUGGUUCGAACAAUAUCGGUAUUCUUUUCAACACAGGCAAUGACACCUUUAAUGCUCAAACUACUUACUCAGUUGGCACAGACCCAUGGUCAGUAUCAGUCAUCGACGUCAAUAGUGACAAUAAACCUGAUAUUAUUGUUGCAAACUAUGGUUCGAACACCGUCAGUGUUCUUCUUAACGCAGGCAGUGGCAUUUUUAAUGCUCAAACUGCUUACUUAGUUAGUUAUUACCCAAUAUCAGUAGCUGUCGUCGAUGUGAAUAAUGACAAUAGACCUGAUAUUAUUGUUGCCAACUUUGAUUCGAACAACGUUGGUAUUCUUCUCAACACAGGCAGCGGCACCUUUAAUGCUCAAACAGCUUACUUAGUUGACACUAACCCAGUAUCAGUAGCGGUCGUCGAUGUGAAUAAUGACAAUAAAUCUGAUAUUAUUAUUGCAAACUAUGGUUCGAAUACUGUCGGUGUUCUUCUCAACACAGGCAGCGGCACAUUUAAUGCUCAAACUACUUAUUCAGUUGGCAUUAAUCCAAUAUCAGUAGCAGUCGUUGAUGUCAAUAGCGACAAUAAACCUGAUAUUAUCGUUGCAAACUAUGGUUCGAACAACGUCGGUGUUUUGCUCAACACAGGCAAUUGCACCUUUAAUGCUCAAACAACCUACUCAGUUAGCAGUAACCCAGUAUCGGUAGUAGUAGCUGACGUGAAUAACGACAGUAAACCUGAUAUUGUCGUUGCAAACUCUGGUUCGAACAACAUCGCUGUUCUCUUGAAUUAUUAA